CCGGGAUGGGGACGGGGACCGGGAUCGGGGGCUCCGGAGGCUCCUCCAUGGCCGCCACCGGGACGGGGGGCUCCGUCUCCACCGCGGCCGGGCAGAAGCGGCCGCGGCCCGAGCCCGCCCCGCUCAUCGGCACCCACGACGGCACCUUCCACUGCGACGAGGUGCUCGCGUGUUUCCUGCUGCGGCUCCUGCCCCGCUACCGGGACGCGGAGGUGGUGCGGACGCGGGACCCCCAGCGCCUGGCCCGGUGCGACGUGGUGGUGGACGUGGGGGGCGAGUACGACCCCGAGCGGCACCGCUACGACCACCACCAGAGGUCCUUCGCAGAGUCCAUGAGGAGCCUCCGGCCCGACAAGCCCUGGAGCACGAAGCUGAGCAGCGCCGGGCUGGUUUAUUGUCACUUCGGCUCCCAGAUCCUGGCGGAGCUCCUGGGGCAGCCGGAGGACGGGCCCGUGGUCAGGGCGCUCUACGAUAAGCUCUACGAGAACUUCGUGGAGGAGAUCGACGCCAUCGACAACGGGAUCGCGCAGGCGGAGGGGGAGCCCCGCUACGCCCUCACCACCACCCUGAGCGCCCGCGUGGGGCACCUGAACCCCCGCUGGAACGACCCCGACCAGGACACCGAGGCGGGGUUCAGGCGGGCGAUGGAGCUGGUGGGGGGCGAGUUCAUGGACCGGCUCGACUUCUACCACCGGGCCUGGCUGCCGGCGCGGGCGCUGGUGGAAGAGGCCGUUCGGCGCCGCUUCGAGGUGGACUCGAGUGGGCAGGUGCUGGAGCUGCCCCAGGGCGGCUGCCCCUGGAAGGAGCACCUUUUCCAGCUGGAGAAGGAGCUGGCUCUGCCCAAGCCUCUCCAGCUCGUGCUGUUCCCGGACCGGGGCGGGCAGUGGCGGGUCCAGAGCGUCCCCACAGGACCCCACACCUUCCAGAGCCGGCUCCCCCUGCCCGAGGCGUGGCGGGGGCUGCGGGACGAGGCCCUGUCCCAGCUCUCCGGCAUCCCCGGCUGCGUCUUCGUCCACGCCAGCGGCUUCAUCGGCGGCAACCGGAGCCGGGAGGGGGCCCUGGAGAUGGCACGGCGGGCACUGCGGCACGAGGGGGGCACACAGAGCGGGUGAACCCCCCCCCCACCACCCCUCCCAUCGAGGUCACCCCAAAAAGAGACCCCCCAGGCCCAGCACGGGGGGAUCCAGGGAUGGCAAGGACUGGUCCUGGAACGGGAUCGCAGCGAGAUGCCCCGAGGGACCUGCUGGGGUGGGGGGCAGCCCCCCCUGGGGUGGCAGUGUGCCCACCCACCUUCUCCCAGCGCUGGAGGGGCACCAGCCCAGUCAGAGACUUGCUGAGGGCUCCAUUUCUCUGGAGUUUGCCCCCAUUCCUGUGUAACACCCCCACACACCCUGUUCCGAGGGUUUUUCAAGCACUCAGUAAAAACCAG